CUGGAUGAGAAUCAGACAUUAGAGACAGAAGCAGCGAAGAAGAAGAAGAAGAAGAAGAAGAAGAAUCACCAUCUUAGCUUUUUGUGCCUAACUGUGAAGAAUCCAUUGAACACUUACGUGCUUUGGUUCCCUAGAAAACUGAAUUGAUUCCUCAGGAGGAUGCUUAGCUUGAGAUACUCAUUACCUUAUCUUCCGGAAUCAACCAAACUCUUCUCCAAGAGGCCUAACAAUGUCGUGGUUUGUGCAGCGAGAGGUCCAAGGCCUCGACACCCUCGAGUAUGGAAAACAAGGAAGAGGAUUGGAACUAUCUCCAAGUCUGCCAAAAUGAUUGCUUCUAUUAAAGAACUGUCAAACGUUAAAGAAGAAGUCUACGGAGCGCUUGACUCCUUCAUAGCCUGGGAGCUAGAGUUCCCUCUUGUUAUAGUCAAGAAGGCUUUAGUUAUUCUUGAAGACGAAAGAGAGUGGAGGAAGAUCAUUCAGGUGACGAAAUGGAUGCUGAGCAAAGGCCAAGGGAGAACAAUGGGAACUUACUUCUCCUUACUAAACGCUUUAGCUGAAGAUAACCGCCUCGACGAAGCUGAGGAGCUUUGGAGCAAACUGUUCAUGGAGCAUUUGGAAGGAACUCCGAGAAAGUUCUUCAACAAGAUGAUCUCUAUCUAUUACAAGAGAGAUAUGCACCACAAGCUCUUCGAGGUGUUUGCUGACAUGGAGGAGCUUGGAGUGAAACCGAACAUUUCGAUUGUGAAUAUGGUUGGGAAAGUGUUUUUGAAGCUUGGGAUGAAGGAUAAGUACGAGAAGCUUGUGAAGAAGUAUCCUCCACCGGAGUGGGAGUUUAGGUAUAUCAAAGGAAGGCGCGUUAAGGUGAAGGCAAAGCAGCUUAAUGAGCUAAGUGAAGGUGAAGGAGGCUUCAGCAGUGAUGAAGAUGAUAUUGAUGAUAAGAUGGAGAGUAAAUCUGAAAUGUUGUUGUCAGAUGAGGAACCAAACAAAGUUGGUGAGCAUAUCAGUGAAGAGGAAGAGGAAGAAGAAGAAGAAGAAGAACUAUUGGGUACGAACCAAGGACAAGAUGAGACUUCAGGAGAACCAUGUCUUGAUCAUGUGGACUCUUGUUGAGAUAGUAUCUACCAUUGGAUCAUGCAAGGAAAAGAGAUGGACAGCCAAAGUUCUUCAAUGAAGCUUUCUUGGACUGUGCUUGGGUUACUAACAAAGAGCUUAGAAUAGUCAAAAACAAGACGCAAUGAAGAGUCUACUAAUGUCAAAACAAUAGGAAAAAGAUUACGAAAGUGGAAGGAUAAGCCUUUUGAGUGUCACUGUGUAAAGCUUUGAAGGCAAAAAAAAACUAUUGUAUUUCAGAUCAAACUUAAAACUACUUUAUGUUUGUCAAUUUUCAUCUGAUCCUGACUCUUCAGAACUAGAUUCCUUCUUGACUUUCUUCUUUAAUGUUAUCUUCCUCAUCCUCA